AUGACGUCCAACACCGCCAACAAUGGCGCCGACAGCGCCGAUAUUGACCCGAUAUAUCAGAACAUUGACUGGGCCAUUGGCCAGGUGCUGCUUAUGGGCUGGGAUGGGAUAGAAGUCACACCCCAGAUCAGAACGCUCAUCGAGGAUCACCAUCUAGGCUCUAUCAUCCUCACGGCCAAGAACCUCAAAUCUGCCCAGCAAACCGCCAGGCUUGUGCAAGAGCUCCAAACCAUUGCGCAAAACGCCGGCCACCCGCAGCCGCUGCUCAUCGCCGUGGACCAGGAGAAUGGUGGCGUCAACAGCCUGUUUGACGAAGACUUUGUAUGUCAGUUUCCUAGUGCCAUGGGCAUCGCGGCUGCUGGCAGUCCGGAACUGGCAUACGAAGUCACCAAGGCCACAGCCACGGAAAUCUCGGCCUGCGGCGUAAAUCUCAUGCUCGGACCCGUCCUUGACGUCUUGAACAAUGCCCGCUACCAGCCUCUCGGUGUGCGCGCCACCAGCGACGAUCCCCAGGAAGUAUCACAGUACGGUCUGGCUGCCAUGGCUGGCAUUCGCGACGCCGGUAUUGCCACUUGCGGCAAGCAUUUCCCCUCCUACGGCAACCUCGACUUCCUCGGAUCAAGCUUGGAUGUGCCCAUCAUUACCCAGACCCUCGAGGAGCUCAGCUUAAGUGCCCUCGUUCCCUUUCGCAAUGCAGUCGCCUCGGGUAAACUGGACGCCAUGUUUGUCGGUGGCUGUGGUCUAUCAAACCCUUCCAUGAAUGUUGUUGAUGACAUGCUUCGCAAUGAAAUGGGUUUCAGGGGUGUUGCCAUCUCCGAGUGUCUCGAGAUGGAGGCCCUGAGCCACGACUUGGGUGUGCAGAACGGCGUCGUCAUGGCCGUCGAAGCCGGUUGCGAUCUGGUACUUCUCUGCCGAGCUUACGACAUUCAGCUAGAGGCCAUCAGAGGUCUGAAACUAGGUCUGGAGAACGGCAUCAUCACCAAAGAGAGACUAUUCACCUCCGUACGACGUGUUCUCCACCUCAAGUCAAACUGCACCUCUUGGUCCAAGGCUCUUAACCCUCCUGGGAUAUCCUUGCUCUCCCAGCUUCAUCCGUCUCAUCUUGCUCUAUCUCGCCGGGCAUUUGACGAAUCUAUCACAGUCAUCCGAGACAAGGAGCAACUGCUACCCCUUUCACAAUCCGUGCACCCCGGCGAAGAACUUUUACUCUUGACGCCCCUAGUCAAGCCACUGCCGGCGUCUUCAUUGACCAAGAGCUUCCUAGAUUCAAAGCAGGACCAAUCACUUGCCAUGGGUAAUCACGACCGGUGGGUGCAUCGUCGCCAGGAUAGGACUGCGCACAUGAGCGGUGAGGGCGUAUUUCGCGAGUUUGGAAAGACUCUGGCUCGCCACCGGAACGAGAAGCUGCUACAUACCAGCUACACUGCGAAUGGCGUCAGACCAGUGCAUGAAAAUCUCAUUAAUCGCGCAUCGUGCAUCAUCAUAUUUACUGCCGAUGCGAAUCGGAACCUUUACCAGGCAGGUUUCACCAAGCACGUUGACAUGAUGUGCUCAAUGCUUCGAAGUCGAGGGCAAAAGAAGCAUCUCAUCGUCGUUGCUGUCAGCUCGCCUUACGAUUUUGCCAUGGACAAAUCUAUUGGUACCUAUAUUUGCACGUUCGACUUUACCGAGAAUGCGAUGGCGUCCCUGGUACGCGUCCUUAUUGGUGAAGUCAAGCCCGUUGGCAGUCUACCAGGCACUCUUCGCAAGAGCAAAAAGGUUCUCAAGUCAAGACAGCUCUGGCUGGUAGAGGAAUAUGACCGCGAGCGUGAUGCCACCGGUCUAGAUGAUCUCCUCAAGGCCAUUCACCGCGCUGGAGGCUCGGACCUGGACUUUUUGUCCAACACGAGCGCAUCGGCGUUUGAGCUUUUCAACAACAAUAUUAAAGAAGCACAUUUCGUGGUGCGAAACAGCAGUACGCAAGCACUGUACGGCUUCGUGGCAACAUAUGUGACAGGGGCCGUGGGCAUCCUCGGCGCGCUCAUUGUCGACCCGACGAAGCGAAACGUGUCCAUCGGCCGCUCACUGCACAAGCGGGCGCUCAAAAAUCUGUCGCAGCAGCGCAGUCUCAAACGGGUGCAGCUCGGCGCCUGCUUUCCAGGCGUCUUUCCCGGUCUCGCCCUUGGCGCUGAGGCGGCCACGGUCAAAACGUGGUUCAGCAACAGCGGCUGGGACACGCAGUUCCCACGGCGGCUGACCAACAUGGUCAUUGCGGACCUGGGCGGCUGGACGGCGCCCGAGGGCCUGCUGCCGACGAUUCAGCGGGCCAACAUUAGCUUCGACCUGAUCCACGGGCUGGACAAUGCCGAAACGGUGCUGCACCACGUUCGCACCGAGAGCGGCCCCGAGGUGGUGGAGCUGUACCGGUACGCGCUGGCCGAGACCAAGACGUGCGGUAUCGUCCGCGCCAAGGACCCGGCCGGCGCCAUCAUGGGCACCAUCAUCAUCUGCAGGCAGGGCAGCCCGCUGGCCACGUACAUCCCGGCCCUGCGGUCGAGAUCGGAGAAUAUUGCGGGCAUCGUCGCGCCGACCGUGCCGCCUGGGCCGCUGUCGACGCUGGUGCUGCAGGGACUUGCAUUAAUGGGCGUGCGCCAAUGCAAAAGCCACAAGGCAAGCAAGGCGGUGCUUAGCUGGGUCAUUGAUGAUACGUCUGAGCCACUGAUUGCCAUGGGCUUUGAUACUCUGCAAAGCUUUGAGGAGAUUACCAACUCUCCAGAUAUGUGA